GCCUCGCGACGUAAGUGGGCGAGGCCCCGCCCCCCAUGUUUUCAAACUGAGGGGGCGGGCGCCAUUGGCUGGCGUGCGCGCCACGUGACCAACGGUCGCGGGAAAGCCGCUCAGUCCGAACGGCGCCCGGGGCAGCGCCGCGCGGAGCCGUUGAGGGCACCGGUGCAUCUCGUGGCCAUGAGCUUCCUCAGCCUGCAACCGCCGCCGCCGCGCGUCUCAGUCCGCCGGACGGUGGCCCCGAUCCGCCAGAAGCUGCUGUUCCUCAGCGGCCACAGUGACUGUGAGGAGGAAGAGGACGACGAAGAGGAGGAGGAGGAGGAAGGCGGCAGCAGCAGCAGCAGCUGCAACAGCACCUGCAACAGCACCGGCGAGGACUCGGCGUUCCAGGAGGCGGACUCGCCGCUCUCGGCCGCUCGCACCCCGGUGCGGGGCGGACCGCCCCUGAGAGAGGAGGAGGAAGAGGAGGAGGAGAUGGAGCCGGCGGCCGCGCCGCUGCCGGCCGAGGGAGACUCGUGGGAGGAGGAGGGCUUCGGUUCCUCCCCCGUGAAAUCGCCCGGCGCCUACUUCACGGCCGGCUCGCCAUCGCCCAAGGGCCGCCGCUCCUGCUGGCGAGCUGCGCACCCCGCCGUGUUCCGGCUGCGCAACGAGGCCCCCAGCUCGCCGCUGCCCGACUGCCCCGACACGCCGCCGCAUAAGACCUUCCGCAAGCUGCGGCUCUUCGACACGCCGCACACCCCCAAGAGCUUGCUUUCUAAAGCACAAAGAAUUGGUUCCAGCUCAGUCAAACUUCGAAGGGGCUCUCUGUUUAUGAAUGUUGGGAAAUCGGAGAAGCAAGAAGAUUAUAUUAGACAAACACCUCGUGUGAACAUUAAUCCCUUCACUCCUGAUUCCAUGUUUCUUCACAAGUCUGAAGGAAAGUGUCGUAGGAGGAAGAGAACACACUGGAAUGACUUUAGUGGAGAUGACAUGGAAGCAAGUGAUGGAGAGCCCGAGGAUGAAUUUAUCAGACCUGCUAAGAGGAUAACAAUAACAGAAAUUAAUAUGAAGUCACGGUAUGCAACUGAAUUUCAUGAGUUGGAGAAGAUUGGAUCUGGUGAAUUUGGUUCUGUCUUUAAAUGUGUGAAGAGGCUUGACGGCUGUAUUUAUGCGAUAAAGCGAUCCAAGAAACCCUUAGCUGGCUCAGUGGAUGAGCAAAAUGCUUUGAGAGAAGUCUAUGCACAUGCAGUUCUGGGACAGCAUUCUCAUGUAGUAAGAUACUACUCUGCAUGGGCAGAAGACGACCAUAUGCUUAUACAGAAUGAAUAUUGUAAUGGUGGCAGUUUAGCCGAUGCCAUAAGUGAAAAUUACAGGAAUAUGCGUUAUUUUACUGAACGAGAACUGAAGGACCUGCUACUUCAGGUGGCUCGUGGCUUAAAGUACAUUCAUUCAAUGUCGCUGGUACAUAUGGAUAUCAAACCUAGUAAUAUUUUCAUAUCGAGGACAUCAGUCCCGAGUACAGCUUCAGAAGAAGGUGAUGAUGAUGAAUGGUCAUCUGAUAGAGUCAUAUUUAAAAUAGGUGACCUUGGUCAUGUAACUCGAGUAUCUAGUCCACAAGUGGAGGAAGGUGAUAGCCGUUUUCUUGCAAAUGAAGUCCUACAAGAGAACUACGCUCAUUUGCCAAAAGCAGAUAUCUUUGCUCUUGCUCUGACUGUUGUCUGUGCUGCUGGGGCUGAACCACUUCCAACUAAUGGGGACCAAUGGCAUGAAAUUCGACAAGGAAAACUACCUAGGUUACCACAAGUGCUUUCUCAAGAAUUGCUAGACUUGCUAAAAGUUAUGAUUAAUCCUGAUCCAGAGAAAAGGCCUUCAGCUGUGGCACUAGUCAAGCACUCAGUGCUUCUCUCCACUUCAAGAAAGAGCGCAGAGCAGCUCCUGAUAGAACUGAACGCUGAAAAAUUAAAAAAUUCACUCUUGCAGAAAGAGCUGAAGAAGGCACAGAUGGCUAAGGCCGCAGCUGAGGAGCGAGCACUGCUUAUGGGCAGAAUGACAACUAGAUCUACGAGACAAAAUAGACCAUCUCGACUCAUUGGAAAGAAAACGAACCGCUCAGUUAGUCUUACUAUAUACUGAACUCUGAAGUCUAAAAGAACUACUGAGGAUGGCUAUAGCAUCUCUGCUGGACUGAAGCCUAAGGAAUUGAAGGAAGCAUUCAGUUCCUGGUUUCUUGUCCUGUCUUUGAUUAGUGUCACUAGUUUUACUGGGAUUUUUACUUAUACAAUAUGGCUGGUUAGCUGUUUUAAACAUUUGAGUUAAUGGACUCUGUUACAAUCUUGCCUAUAGAGGAUCCUGGAUGCUAAUCCAUAAGCCUUUCAGUUACACUGUUAGAUGUUACAUCGUCCCAGGGUUAACCACUAUGGUGGUGUGCUGCUUUGUAGUGUUACGGCAUCGUAAUAAGAAGUAAUACCCCUAAUGGAUAUUGGGGAGGGAGGAAGAGGCCUUGCUUUGAGAGUUACUGAUUUAUAUUUUUUUGGAGCAGAGGGGAAUACAUUUUGAAUGACAGGCUUUAAAGCCAUCUACACUCAAUGUACCUGAUGUCAGGUAGACUUUUGUUGUGAAUUUUAUUGUAUAUUCAACUGGGAGCACUUUGUAGGCAUUGCAUAAACCACAGCUUAGAAACCUGUGGAAUUAAGUGCCAUGUGGAACUGCUGCUAUUUUUAGUUUCUUCUCCUCGCUGUAAACUGUAGCAUUAAAACAAUCAUAUUGUGUUAAUAGGCUUCUUGUUAAAACAAUGACAUGAAACAAAUCUAAGCUGCAUUUUAGUGAAGGCAGCAUUUUUCUCUCCAAGCUAGUGCAUUGUGAAAUAAUGCAACAAUUUAAUAUUUGGACUCUAUAUUAGUAUAGUGCAAUUGUUAAUGUCUUGGCUAUUGAUGUUUGGUAAUUGUUUCUAAUGGGGUUCUCUUAAGUGUUGAUAUUCUUUUCAGUUGUCUGUUCUUGAAGUUAUUAUAUAUUUUUUUUAAUGUUGGAAUACAUGUAAAUUAACUAUUUAGUGUAACUGUUAUGGUUAUAGUAAACAAUAAGCACAAACUUAUGUACAUAAUAUACUAUACUGAAACUGCAGUCUGAGAUGCCAAAAGACAAAGCUCAACUAUUCAGUUUUAAGUUCCAAAAAUUAACAGAAUGUGGCCAUCAGAACCUCUACUGGUUCUGUAGUUAUGGUUAUAGUAAACAAUAAGCACAAACUUAUGUACAUAAUAUACUAUACUGAAACUGCAGUCUGAGAUGCCAAAAGACAAAGCUCAACUAUUCAGUUUUAAGUUCCAAAAAUUAACAGAAUGUGGCCAUCAGAACCUCUACUGGUUCUGUAGUUAUGGUUAUAGUAAACAAUAAGCACAAACUUAUGUACAUAAUAUACUAUACUGAAACUGCAGUCUGAGAUGCCAAAAGACAAAGCUCAACUAUUCAGUUUUAAGUUCCAAAAAUUAACAGAAUGUGGCCAUCAGAACCUCUACUGGUUCUGUAGUUAUGGUUAUA